AAACAUUCUUGGACAAUCCUCCCGUGUCUUUUCCACAGAACAAGAUUUCAAAGAAAGACAAUAUUGCAUGGUAAACUUGAUUCCCUUUAACAUUUUGAUAAUCAUACAUCUCUUGGACGCUACAAAUUCUCAUCAUCUUAACUAUGUUACAUUAGAACACCCGAAAUUAAAGCAUGCAGUUGCUGCAAGAAUAAUUUGGAGGGACUAGUGUGGAAAGUUGAAACAGAAAGAAAUGCCAUCAACAGUGAGGGAUCACGGGAUUGUUCGGAGGAUGGCAAGUCUCCCUCGAAGCAUAAUGGAGUUUAUAGGAAGAGGAAGAAGAAGAAAUCAGCACACAAAUUUUCCUUUGCAGCCUCAAGACCACCAUCAUGAUCCACAACCACAUGGUCAAGUAGUAGUUCAAGAUGAAUGGAGUUUUCUAGAGAGUUUUGAGCAGCAAUUUGGCACCAAACAUCCUUUCUUCUAUGCUUGCCGGUUCAUGGAAGCUAUUAAGUUAGCUGAGCAUGAUCACAAGUUCUUGUUCAUGUACCUCCACUCGCCUGACCACCCUUUUGCAAACGUUUUCUGCAAGGAAACGCUGUGUUCAGAGCCGGUGAUCCAGUUUCUUGAUGUGAAUUUUGUUUGCUGGGGUGGACUUGUGGAUAGAGGAGAGGGUGUGCAAAUGGUAGCAACACUAAGUCCUGCUACUUUUCCUUGUUGUGCUGUCAUAGCCCCCACUCCUGGUGAGAGCAUAGCAGUGCUGCAACAGCUAGAGGGACCCCUUUCGCCAGCUGAGCUAGCAGGGAUUCUACAAAGAACAUUGGAAGAACAAGGGGUGGCUUUUGGAAGUGAUAGGGCUAAGCAGGAAGAAAAGAUCCGAGCAGACCGUAGGCUUAGAGAAGAGCAAGAUGCUGCAUAUCUUGCAGCUUUGCAAAUUGACAAGGAAAAAGACAAACCGAAUAGUUUACCUCCAAGAGAGAGACUUCAGAAGCCGGGUGAAGCUCACAACAACAGAAAUUAUGGGAAAUUGUUGAACAAUUCUAUCAAUGUCACUAAACAGAACAGCAAAGUGAAUGAGUCCAAUAAAGAAAAACGAGACAAGGGAGUUGCAAGUAAAGGAAGCGAGUCUCAGCCCACACAGAUACUCAUAAGGUUUCCAAACGGGGAAAGAAGAGAGCAUACUUUCCUUUACACAGACAGAAUCCAGUCCAUUUUCUCAUACAUUGAUUCAUUAGGUUUGCCAUGGAUUGGAAACUACAGAUUGAUAUCAAAUUUUCCAAGAAGAGCUUAUGGAGUUGAUCAAAUGAGAAUGACUCUCAAAGAGGCUGGCCUGUAUCCUAAAGCUAGUGUGUUCCUGGAGCCUUUAGGAACUAGAGUCCCAUAACCCCCAUGUUAAAGAACAACAUAAAUUUGAAUUUCAUUAAUCAAAAUGAGAGCAACAAAAAUUAUUGCGUGGACUUCACUUGAGCUCUUAAAUUGAUUAAGAUUUGAGUGCAUCUCCAAAAUUUCUGGACUUCUUGUUAAAUGAUAAUUUCUAACCCUUUUAACUGUUGUUCUUGUUUAUAGUAAAAGCAUAAUUGCUCUGCCGAUUCCAAA